AGGUUACACAUCCUGCCCAGCACCGUGCGGGGAGUGGAGGAGGGGAGGGCGAGAGUCCCAAUUGAGUGACUCGCUCACAGGGGUGGAGUUUCGGGAGAAACUGUACCGCUCCGACAUCCGCGUAUGCCUGUAUAGUCCGAGUUCAACUGAGGGAAAACUAUUAUUAAUUUCAUUUUAAGUUUUGAACGUACAAUGUGAGGGAAAUGGCUGAAACAAGCUCUGACUGGGUGGAGAUCCUUGAGCCCCGCUCCCGGGAGCGCAUGUAUGUCAACCUGGUGACGGGGGAGUGCGGCUGGGAGCCCCCCCCGAGCGUCGAGGUGCGCCAGUGCGACGGCCGCCAGUGGUGGGAGCUCUUCGACGGCAACAACAACCGCUUCUACUACUACAACUCCGCCACCCAGCAGACGGUGUGGCACAGGCCCCAGAGCUGCGACAUCGUGCCCCUGGCCCAGCUGCAGGCCAUGAAGCGCAGCUCGGAGUCGGAACGCAGGGGGCACGGCAGGCCGCGGGGGGGCGGCGGCGGGAGCGAGGGCCGCCAGACACCCCUGCAGGGGGCCUAUCUGGUGCCGCCGCCACAGGACGGGGACAGCACGGGAAGAGAGACCCCAGCCAAAGGCCGGGCAGACAGUCUGGACAACAGGAAGGAACCUGGGAGGGAAACUCCUCAGAGAUGGCAGCCAGCUCCCGGGACCAAAGCAGCCAUGCUAGUGAAGGUCAACAGCAUGGGCAGGAACCAGCCUACGGGUCCCAUUGACACGCCACAGAACCACCACCACAACAACACCCAUCCGGCGAACUCUGCAGCCAGGAAACCGGCUGGGGGUUUCGUUUACCCAGCUGACAAAACCCCUGUCCCGGGAAAGAUGGCGGUGCCUGUAGACUCCAAGCAGGCCCUUCACCUUAAAAAAACUGACAAUGGAAGCUUCUGUUUGGUCACGCCCGUCAAUGGGUCAUCUAGCUCGGUCUACCAGACACCCCACAGGUCGCAGGCUGGGACUCCUAGGCCGGUGUCACCCCAAUAUGCCGCCACACCGCCCAUUUACGAUGAGCCCCCACUGGAGUCUCCCAUUUACGACGAGCCCCCUGUAGAGAUGGAGGUGGAGGGGGCGCCCCUCAACAACGGGCCUUCCCCUCCUCACUUCAGCCCUACACACAGCCUGCAGAAGCAGGGGCAGCUGCAGCACCCUCACCAGCAAACCAAGCUUCUGCAGUACCCAGCCACGCACCUGGGCUCCAAGCACAAGAGGAGCCCCUCGGCCACGGAGUACAGCCCUGCUGGGAGAGAGUGCAUCAGGCACAUGGUCAACGUAGACUCGGGCUCCUCCUCCAAGCCGGCUGGGCCGCCGCUCUCUUCCACGCCCCACACGGGCUCCUCUGAGCGUCCCUCGGGCAAGCAGAAAGAGGGCUCGGGGGAGAAGAAGCAGUCCUGGAGGAUCUUGGAGGCCAAUGUCCUGAAGAGCAUCGAAGCGCGGCACAGCCGGCAGAACAGCCUGGCGUCGCAGGAGUACCCCACUGCAGCAACGGUGAACUACCAGGACUCCGGCUACUCCACCGGCCCCUCGCCCAGCCUGAGGAGGAAGAACCGCCGGAGGCAGAUGGCCGGACAGGGGAGGCCGGGCUCGGUGGGCAGCAGCGGGGAGCUCAACGCCCUCAACGAGAAGCUGAUGGCAGAGAUGAGGGCGGUGGUGGGCAGGUCCAGCACCCUGCGGGGUAGCAAGGUCAGCCUGGACACAGAAAUGUCCGAGAACUCCAUUCCCCGGGCCCGCUCCCCACUGGACUCCCUCAAGAAAUAUUCAGGGCGCAACGGCUCCCGGGAGGACGUGACGGCCAGCAAUCGCUCCCUGUACCGGACUGGGCUGGAUGCGCGGGGCAGUGCCCAGGGCGACACCCCUCUCUCGCCGCUCGCCCUCGAGGGCCUGGGCCGCCAGAAACGGACUUACGAGAAGGUGGACUCCCUGGAGAAGAGUGUCACCAGUCAGAUCAGCCUGUCCUCCCCGGAGCCCCCCAGGUCGCCAUCACAGGCCGGAACGCUGGAAUCCAAAGAAAAUUUCGGAAACGGGAAGCAGGGAGGCAGUGGCAGCAGUGGGAGCAGCUACCAGUACCCCUACGCUACGCUGUGCAAGCCGCCAGCCGAUGUCAACAUGGUGGACUGGGCCAGCAAGAACCUGAACAUGCACACACAGGGCAUCUUCCGGAGGAGGGUGUCCAUCGCCAACAUGCUCUCCUGGAACCGGGGGUCCAUCAAGAAGCCCAUGCUGAUCACCAGCGACCGCACGGUGAAGAAGGAGGCCUGCGAGAUGUUCAAGCUGGUGCAGGUCUACAUGGGGGACCGGCAGGCCCGGCUGGAGCGCCGCCACGUGGCUCUCCUCAUCGUCACCAAGUGCUGGAGCAUGCAGGGCCUGCGGGACGAGCUCUACAUCCAGCUGGUCAGGCAGACCACGGACAACCUGUGCCUGCGCAGCCUGGCUGCUGGGUGGGAGCUCAUGGCCAUCAGCUUGGCCUUCUUCUCCCCUUCCCCCAAAUUCCGCCGCUACCUGGAGGGCUACAUCCAGAGGCACCUGGAGCCAGGAUACGACAAGAAGGUUACCCAACACAUAACGGAGCAGCUGGAAAUGAAAAACAAGAAGAACUCCAAGUCCAGAAAAAAGAGGAAACAGAACACAGAAGAAGAAGAAGGCUUGCCGAUCAGCACAUAUGCGAAAUACUGCUACCGUAAACUCCAGAAAGUGGCUGUGACGGGGGGCAAAAAGGGUCUGCGGAAGCCCACCCUGGAAGAGAUUGACCACGCCAAGAACGCUGUGGUCACGCCCUCGCUGUUUGGCAGUGCCCUGGAGGAGAUCAUGGAGCGGCAGCAGGAGCUCUUCCCCGAGAGGAAGCUGCCCUGGGUGCAGGUGCAGCUGUCCCAGCACGUCUUGGGACUGGGGGGCGCCCAGACAGAGGGCAUCUUCAGAGUCCCUGGAGAUAUUGACGAGGUCAACGCACUGAAGCUACAAGUGGAUCAGUGGAAAAUCCCAGAGAAUCUUUCCGAUCCCAAUGUCCCAGCCUCCCUGCUGAAGCUGUGGUACCGUGAACUGGAGGAACCAGUCAUUCCCCAAAGCUUCUACCGACAGUGCAUAAGCAACUAUGAGGACCCCGAGGCCGCCAUUGCUGUGGUGCAGUCCCUGCCCGAGCUCAACCGCCUCGUCCUCUGUUACCUCAUCCACUUCCUGCAGGUGUUUGCACAGCCGGUCAAUGUGAGCAAGACCAAGAUGGACGUGAACAACCUGGCCAUGGUGAUGGCCCCCAACUGCCUGCGCUGCCAGUCGGACGACCCGCGGGUCAUCUUCGAGAACACCCGCAAGGAGAUGUCCUUCCUGCGCGUGCUGAUCGUGCACCUGGACACCAGCUUCGUCAAAGGCCUUGUGUGAACGGCCCCCUCUGCCCUCCGCUGCCCUCCUGUCCUGUCUGCCCCUCUCCGGUAUCUGUCCCCUCCCUAGACCUGCUCGGUCUCUGCUGUUCCUUUGAGCGGUAUUCAGGAAUUUCUUGGAAGUGCUUUCGGGACACUUCAAAGAUAUUUUGUUUUGAAAUCCAGAUGCAGUAAUAAGAUGUGUAAUCCUUAACAGAACCACCUGCUGUUCGCUAUACUCGCUUGAUUCGUACCGUUCUGUCUGUACGAAACAAAGGUGUCCCAUGAUGCAUCUCACUGACACACAGCCCGAGGAAGAGACAGAUACCGCAGAAUGUUAAUGUAAUAUAAGGUUUUCGUUUUUUUUCUCUCGUUUUUAUGUUUCUUUUGGGUUCUGCUUUUUUUUAAUCUGUGCAUAGAAAAAAAAAGAGUGGUUCUCUUCUUCUUUUUAAUUUAAAAUUUGAAAGGUUUUGUUUUAUUUAAUUCUGGGCAGUUUGGGCUUGAUUGUUCCAGCUGGCUAACACUGGCCCUGAAAAAGUUGUACCAGGAUUGUCCCUGCAAAACAGUCAACAGCUCCCUGAUCACACUGAUCAUCAUUAGGGUCCCUGAUUUCCAGCCUCACUGUUCCAGAUUGACCGACCACUUUUUCUGCCUUAUUUAAGUUUAAGUCUCUCUGCACACAUCAAAGCAUACAAACUGCAAUCAGAAGAAACUUGUAUUCCUCUGCUUCACCUGAACACAUCUAAGCAAUCUGCAUUAUUGUGGUUUCAACACAGCUGAGCAGUGUUGUAUUGUAUUGCACUCUCAGCUCCACAUCAUAGGAAGCUUUAGACUGGAAUUUUAUUUUUAAUGCGUCACAGGCAUUAACCUUGUCCAGAGGCAUGAUUUGCUUAAUUUAUUUUUUCAGGAAGAUCAAAACAUUUUUAGGUUUUAGCAAUAGGAAUGAAGAAUGAAAGCGAAAAUGUGAGCUCUGUAAUUAAGUGUUAGUUUGUGACACCAUGUGACCCAGGAUAUAGAAGAAAUAUAUCCAGGACAGCAAGGCUGAAGACAGUGGGAAGGGCUUUGUGGGUUUAGUCUCAAGUUCCUGAGUCUGUCAUCGCUAGUGCCCUUUGACAGACACUGCUUGCUUCACUGGUUUUUGCUACAGUGUUAACAGUCACGACAGCAGUUCCAUUUAAGACAUCUUUGCAAGGACAUCAGUUUUUUUUUUUACAGUCGUCUAAUAGGUCACAGGCUGUUGUCACAAAAAGAGUUGCAUUGACGUAAUAUUGUCGUUACGUUGCGAGCUGAAAGAAGGUAAUGUGAGUGGAAGUCAUCAUUUGUUAAAGUAAGCUUUCAAAAUUAGUUUUGGAGAGAUGGAAGGCUUUUUUGUGUUUCCAAAUAUUACUUAAAUGUCAUAUUUGAGUUAACUUGUUGACUGCCAAGCUGGCAUCCUUUUUCAAGUAAGCUGCCUUAUUUAUAGAUGCGGUUGGCAUUUAGUUGGUAGCUCCUCCUCCUGCUGUGCCAGCAGUGUGGUAAAUGGUGAAAGAAAGGCGUCCCCCACUACAGCAGACGUUUUUUUUAAUGACCCGCCUGGACUGCAGCUUCAUCUAUGCUAGAGCUCUUCGCUGUCUUCUUACAGUUAAAACCUGUUUAUUUUUUUACAGGCAACAGGAUUGAGUCCCACCAUAGACCGUAUUUGUUCAGUUCCUGGAAACUAAACACAGUUUUGCCCUAGAUGAAGUUAAAGGGUUUGUUAAACCAGAAGAUCUCUGUGGAGGUUGUUCUUUUGGUCACCCUUUAGAAUCACAGCUCUCCCAAUGGUCGUCUUACUCUGCCUUUAUUUACAGUAUAAAAAAUGGCCCCUUUGAUAGCCACUAAAGCCUUACAGCCUCUUCUCAGUUCCUACACACCUCCUAAAAAUAGACAUUAUUAUUAAGUUUUGUUCUCUUUGAAUGCUUUAACUCGAUGCUCUCCUACAAUCCAGGUCAUGGAAAAGCUGUAGUUGAAAUCUGACUCCUCUUCAAAUAAGAAAAUUUGACCAUAAAAUUUGAUCAUGAAGUCUGGUUAUUUGGUUUAGAAUUAGUGUACAAGAUGAGAACCUUUUUGAAGGAAGAUAACUGGAUCAUUAUCCUACAUUAAGUUAUUUUCCAGAAAAUAAAAGUGAUUGAGACAUCUCUGUUCAUAAUUUACCCUCCAUUUACUGUAUUACUGCUUAUUCAAUGUACUGUAUGUGUUUGAGGGCCUUACCUGCUUUUCUGUGGUGGUGUGUGAGCAAGCUUAAGCCUCAUUUAUUUCAUCAGAGAUGAAUUUAUGAAAUACAGACACAUAUGAGACACAGCAGUGUGUUAAUUGUCUACUCACAGAGCAUUGAUUAAUACCAGUUAACAAUCAUUGCACGUGUUAAGACAUUGCAAGUCUUUAAAAGGGCUUAACAGUCUUGUGAGUCUUAACAUACCUGCAAUUAGGACAUUUUGAUUUCGACUGUGAAUUCAAGAAGGUUUUAAAGAGGUUUCCAGAGCCCGAAACAGGCUGAAGAGAACCUACUCAUUUCAUUGCAUUCUGCAAUUGAGCUAGCCUACAUAAAUAAGCUUUUUCCCCCUUUCCCAGUUGAUGUGGCUUUGUCUAAAGGACUAGUUUGCUCUCAUAGGACUGUAGAAUUUUCCCCCUUUUCUUUUACCCUCUGAUUGGUGUCUCACAUUAUGUUAAUGUUUAACAUUUUAAUGUUGUAGAAUGAAGGGAAAUAGCCUCAACAGCUGGAAGUUGCUCAGACACAACAUAAGCACAACGCAUUCAAUACACAUAAUUCCUGGAAUUCAUUUUUUACCUCAACAUGUUCACGGCAGGUAAAUCAAGAUUCAUUCAUGUAAAUACCGUCUGUGAAUAGCAAUGUCUUAAUUACUGUAAUUUGAAGUAAUGAGGAUAAAGAUUAUUAUAGUUUCAGGUGUUAAAAAUGCAGAGGAAGCUUUUCUUUUUUGCUGUUGGCUGCCUGUUGUGGAAAACAAACUGAUAACCACUCUUCGAUGUUUUGUUCAUAACGUGUGCUAAGAAGUGAACUGUAAUACUUUUAACUGUAAUGCCUACAGUUGCCAAGCAACAGGUUGUCAUCCCCUCCUCUCCUGCACUUAGCUUUUCAUCAUUUUUAUUUGCUGCUGUUUUCUGUAUUCAGAUGCUGUUGGCUUUGUCGGUGUAAAUGCCUCUGCCGUCCUCAGUACAUUCAGUUUGUGUGAAGAGAUACAAGUGAGAGACCGUGACAAUGUCGGAUGCUUUAUUUUACCUAAUUUCAUAAAUAAAAAAUAAAGUUUGUAAAUUUACACAA